UUAUGAUUUUAAAUCACGUUGCGGAAGAGCAUUUAUUAUUUAGACCAAAAUACUUAUGCUUGUUUGAUAAUUGUGUUGUUAUCAUUUUGAACAAACCAGGUGAUUUGACAUUCAGUUCAAAGUCAAACACGGAACGCAUCUUGUGUAACCUAAAAUUUGGGUGCGGUGCGGAGUGAUUCAGCGUUUUAAAACCCUGCAGUGGCUUCGAAAUAGGACAAAAUGUUACGGAAUUUUAUGAAACAUUUGUCAACGCGAAAUCUACGUUGUUCGCUUAAGAACAACGCUGUAACAUCGAAUUUCGCGAACCGGAGGAGCAUAGCGCCUUUAUCGACGACCGAAUUAGCGUUAAAAGAUGAAAAAGUGAAAGUCACGUUCGUCUUAUACGACGGCAAACGCUUAGAGACCGAAGCUAAGGUUGGGGACACACUACUGGAUGUAGUUGUCAACAAUGACCUGAAUAUCGAAGGUUAUGGCGCGUGUGAGGGUACCCUUACAUGCUCUACCUGUCAUGUAGUGCUAAAACCUGAUGACUAUAAUAGAUUACCAGAAGAAGCCUGCGACGAGGAACGAGAUAUGUUAGACUUAGCAUACGGUCUGACAGACACCUCGCGGCUCGGCUGUCAGAUCACUCUAACCAAAGACAUGGAUGGUCUAGAAAUUAAAGUACCAGAGACAAUCAAUGAUGCUAGGAGUUGAUAGCGUGUUUAAAACGGUGCUUGUAGUUUGGAAGUUGCGCGACAGUUGCGCGAUUGUUGGGCAACUGUUGGGCGAUUGUUGGGUAAUAGUUGCUCAUCAGAUGACCUAUGAUAGUUUGUUGAGAGUUGCUCAAGAGUUGGGUAUAUGUUGUUUGAUAGUUGGGCAAUUGUUGCGCCAUAGUGAUAACUGUAAAAAAUACUUCAAUUGCAAGCACCAAUAAUUUACAUUUGAAAAAAUAACAUAACAGUUAUGCAAAAUAUUUCAGAGGACAAGUUAAACUGUUGGCCCCGGCUGUCAUUGAACAUCUUUGGCAGUCGUUACGGGUAGUCAGAAGCCAGUAAGUCUGACACCAGUCUUGACAAGGGGUGUUCGGUUGCCCGGGUAACUGGGUUGAGGAAAUCAGAUAGGCAGUCGCUCCAUGUAGCACACUGGUACUCAGCUGCAUCCGGUUAGACUGGAAGCCGACCCCAACAUAGUUGGGAAAAGGCUAUGCAUGAUGACUACUAUACACCGCUAUUUUUUAAUUAGUGCACAAACUUAAAGGGCUCAUUUAAAAAGUUCUUAGUAUUAUCUAUGCAAAGUUUCAAAAACUAAUAUUCAUAAUCAGCAAAGUUAUUAGCGAUAAGUUAUAUCCAAAAAUUUCACUCAAUUCAUGGAAACAUUGUACAAGUUAUUCCAGGUCAUUCAUAGUAGUAUUCAUUAAUAAUAUUCUGUCGCUCUCGCAUUCGCGUGCUCUCGCUCGAACUUGCCCCGCGUCCAACAGCUGAUAACGAAUGUAGGUAACUAAAACGCAUAGAUGCGUUACGAUUAAAAACUAAGAAAAAGUAAAAUAAAAGGUGUACGGAAAAUAAACUUUUAUUCAAUUCAAACUUUUCCUUCAUACUUUAUUUGGGCUUAGGACCAACAAAAUUACCAACUUUUUCAAAAUGAAUUAUUAAGAAAUUAGGUGACUAAAUUAAAAGAUUACGUGGUAAAAGAAAUCAAAUAAGUAAAGUUGUAAAACUUGUGAAAAAAAGUAAUUUUGGCGUAUUUAAAAAGUUUGAAUCAGCUGAUAUUUACAAUAAUUGUUAUGUCACCUUAGAAUUUACGUACCUACUUAUUUACAAAAAAACUUACAGAUAUUUUAGCUGUCCUUCAAAAUGUCCACCACCAUUUUCAAUACAAACACGAGC